AUGUCGAAAGCGGCCCCCAAGAAGGCGGUGGCCCCGCCGCCCCCAGGCUGCACCCUGGACAUUAACGACCCGCAGGUGCAGAACGCGGCCAUCCGCAUCCAGGCCUCCUACCGGGGACACAGGUCCCGCAAGGAGCUGAAGGAGAAGGGGCCCCCGCGGGUGCUGCAGGCGCUGAAGGACGUGAUGCUGAUCGAGGGCAGCGCCGCGCGUCUGGAGUGCAGGAUCAGCGCCUUCCCCGACCCCUUCAUCCGCUGGCUCAAAGAUGGGCGGGAGCUCAAGGACGGGCCCAAGUAUCGCUACGUCUUCGAGGACCCCGACAUCGUGGCGCUGGUGGUGCGGGACGGCGAACUGGCCGACCUGGGGCUCUACACCAUCGCCGUAAAGAACACGUUUGGGGAGUGCUCCGACUCUGCCCGCAUCCUGGUGGAAGUACCUGCCAAGAUCGAGAAGGGGCCGGAGAGCACCAAGGCAAAGAGAGGUGCCACGGUCACCCUGACAGCGCACAUCAGUGGCGAGCCGGCGCCCGACGUGGGCUGGGCCAAGGAUGGGGAGGACAUCGAGGAGGAUGACAGGGUGUUCUACGACAUCGGCAGCAACUCGACCACGCUCACCAUCAAGCGGGUGGCUGCGAGCGACGCCGGGAAGUAUGAGGUCUUCGUGGAGAACAGCCUGGGCACAGACGAGUCCUUCGCCCGCCUGGACGUGCUCUGA